GUGUCUGGCUUGAGCACUGUUCCCUCAUCUCAGUCUCUUCCACGAGGAGCAGCUCUGCAUUGGAAUUGUGUCUGGUCAGUAACUUUGAGCAAGAAGUUCCCUUGCAGGAGUUAACAUCUGUGGUUUUACUCAUUAGGUACAAGCAAGGAAGCAGUUAAUGUGAAGUCACCUACAUUUUGGCUGUAGCAAUUGCUUUUCCUGUAGAAAGUGAGAGAAAGUACUUACUUUUUUGCCUUAAGGAGGAAAAAGCAGAGGAAAAAAAGGUAUCUUGAAAUGUGUUAAACUUGGUUGUGGGAGAGAGGGUGCUUACUAACCCUGUCUAUGUAACACUGAGUGACAUAAGCUGUUGAGCCUGAAAAGACCAGCAAAAACUCCUGCCUGUGUUUUUGUAAUUACCUCAUCACACUUCUUAUAAAGAGUGCGAUCCUGUGCGUUAUUCCAGUAAACGAGAGCCGUGGCUGGAGGGUGCAGGCGAAGGGCUCAUCCCCAGCCCAGCUGCCCCCUCCCUCUCUUCCUUCCCUUCCCCGGAUCGCAGGGGAGCCGUGCCCGGUGCCCUUUCCUUCCCGGGCUGGCAGGGGAGCCGUGCCCGGUGCCCUUUCCUGUCCCGGGCUGGCAGGGGAGCCGUGCCCGGUGCCCUUUCCUGUCCCGGGCUGGCAGGGGAGCCGUGCCCUGUCCUUUCCUUCCCGGGCUGGCAGGGGAGCCGUGCCCAUCCCAGCCCUGCCGCUGUCCUGCCGCGGGGGCUGUGUGUGCUGUGACAGUGCCGCCUGUGGCCACCGCCGAGCGUCACUCGUGCCCUGGGUUGCGGGGGACACCCAGAGCACCCCGCUGUGCCUGCCCUGCCCCGAGCCCUGCGGACUAAGGGGUGUCGGGGGUGGUGUCCAGCCCACACCGUGUUGGUCUGUCCCAUGGAUGAGGGUUUCUUCAGCUAUCAUCUGCCCUGGGCAGCUGUUGGACCUUGGGUGUUACUAUUAUGGGAGGAUCUUGUCGAAGCAGUAGCCUGGGGACUGAUUGUUCUCUUUUUCUGGAAAAUACAGCCUGUUAAACUCUCAGCUGGCUGACCUUCAAGAAAUUGAUACGGACUGUUCAUCCUUGAGCAGUUCCUCUUUCCUGGGAAAACGCUGUCUGAAUCCUCCCGCUGUCUUCUCCCAACGUUGUUUCUUAUUCACACCUCAUCUAUUUUCAUUCCUUCUGAUCUCAGACUCUCACCUGUUUUCCUCUUCUCUCUGUUUCCUUUUCUCUCUGAUGAUUCCCAUUUCCCUCUUGCACCCGAGUCCCUCUUUCUGAAUUUGAACUGGGUAAUGCAUUGUUUGGUAGUGAUGAGUAAAACUCUCACGAGUCCUGAAACUAGAGGAGAAUUAACCUGCCCUGUUUCAGUUUCAGCCUGUGGCAGCCUGGCAAUCAGCUGCCUGCUGCGGGCACCAUCCACCUCACUCUGCAUCUCUGUGCAGUGAAGAGAAAGCUGAAAAUUUUGGCUACUGAAAGCAAGUCUGGCAAACAUGUACAAGGUCAAUCUUUUCCAAGGAAGAGCAAAAAAUCCCAAUAGUGACACCAGCACGGCCUCCUUGCUAAAUUUCAUGUCCCUGUUUCUGAAAUGCAAAGGAGUUUUCUUAAAAGUUGAAGAAUUCUUUGAAUAUAGUUAAAGCAUAUGUUCCCCCUGGUCAUUCGUAGAAAAAGACUGAGUCAUAUUUGUUCUGUUUUUCCUAAAAAAUCAUCUCAAGGGGCAGUGUAUGUGAUCAUGUGAAGAAAAGGUGUUGGCAAACUGGGAGUGACUGAAAAUGUGGCCUUAAAAUAGGAAGUGUUGACUAGCCAUAACCAACAAUGUGUGUUGAUGAUAAUAUGAUAAAAAUAAAAGGCUGUAGCAAGUAGGCACUAAAGCUAGAACAUGCUAGAAUUUCUUUUAUCCCUGCAGUUUUAAUUCUGCUCUGUUUUUCCAGUGUGGUCACUUGGCCAGAACAGAAAGUAAUACCACCUACUCUUGACUGCAUGCACACAAGGAAGAAAGGCUGAGGUUUUGUGAAUCACUUGAUGUGUAAUUCUUGGCUAAAUGCCUUCAGCACUGCUUUGGAAUGAUGUUUGUUGUGAUUUUGUUAGAUUGUUUUUCCUCUUUUUAUUUAUUUGAUGCUGAAUUUUCAUUUUAUUAUGUACAGCCUUAAGCAGAAAGGCAGAAACCUGUCAUAAUGAGAAAUCCAACAGAGAUUUCUAAUAACUAAUCUGAAGAAGUACCAGCUAUUUUACACUUCUGCAUUUUCUGCUCUCUCAAAUGGAACAGGCAUUAGGCUGUCAGGAAACUGAAAGCUGGUGCUGGCUCUGAAUUGUAUUUCUGAAAGUGAAGUCUCUGUUUCUUGACUUGUAGCUGGUCAUGACAUUCACUUUUGGUUUUGUCUAGAUGGUACACCAUAUGUUAAUUUUCUCCACUCAUUUUGGAUGUUUAUACAAGUCUUUAAUUAAUACUGUAUGUUAUUUGUUAUGCAGGAUAAUCUCUUGGGAGGGUCUGUAAAGAAACCUGGUAUAGCUAUUGUUCAAAGCAUUUACCAAAUUUGCCAAUGGAAAAUCAUGGAAACACUGUCUUCUGUGGAGUGAUUGCUUGCAGUAAUUUAGUUACAACCAAAUGAGACAAAAAUAGGCCCCUGGGAGUCCUAUUUUGAGGAAAAUGACCAUGUUGCAAGCAGUGAAGUACUAGCAAUGAGAAGGCCAGGGAAUCCCCUGUUUCUGUUCCUCUGUUCACCCACUAAAUAAAUCCUGCCUUACACCAAAUGGUAAAUUGUGCAAGUACAGAGAUGUUCACUUUGCUGUAAUUCAGGGUAAACGUUUGGUACGUGCCUGUAAAAUUAUCAAUCAGUUUACUAAAUACUAUUCCUCUUACAGAAAUGAGUCAGCAGCAGCAUGUUCAUUUUCUCUCCCAUUCAUACAUGCUGUGACUUCAAAGGGGGAAAAUUCAGUAAAGGUAAUAUCUCAGUUUUCUCUAGACUCUGGCUAUUUAAAGUUGGUUUGAGUUCACCUUUCAGUAACAAGUAAGCUGAGGUGGAUUGUCCAGCAGCCCAGCUGUAGAGCUCAAGCAGAGGUUUGUAUGUUCAAACUCAAAUCUUGUGUUCAGCCUUAAAGGUCACUCCUGAUUUCAGUGGCUGUGAUGUCAGUGGGGAAACCCUGCUGCACUUUUGUCUGUCCUCGUGCAAAGGUCUAAAAACGUCAAACAAAAGCAAAGCCAUUACUUAGAAAAGUUUAAGGCUGCAGAAUAGAAACUAACCACAGGUUCUCAGUGACUUCUAAGCAACACCACAUUAUUUCAUCAGCUCCUGCUUGUAUGAGAACUUCAGUCUGUUUUCAGUCACUGUUUCUUUAGCUUAGAUUGUUUUGGUUUUCAGCUGCUUCUUAAGAUGUUUUGUUGACAAACUUGGGAUGAUCUGUUUGUUAAGUAAUGGAUACCACUAACACCAAUGUUUAAGAUGACUUCUUAUCCAAAAUAAUUGUACAGAGUGCUCACCAGAAGUUCCCUAUUUGUAUUGUUUUGGAAUUAAGUAUCAUGCAAUUUUUUCCAAGACUUUCCUUCUGCUUUAACAGACAAACCUAAGGUGUAGAGAUUACCAUUUAUGAAGGGCCAGACAGAAAUUCUGUGGCUAAGACCAGAAACUGAAGCCAAGUUCCCUGAAUGUGAGACCCUGUUUCUUUAGUCAGGUUGUCUGUGCCCACAGUGGGGAUUCCCAGUACACAAGUUACUGUAUCUGGCUAAGGACUGUUUUCAGGGUUCUGUAUUUCUGGAGACUACUGACACCAGCUAUUGAUUUUUAAUCACUGUUUACAUGAUAGCCCACUAUUCUUUCUUGAUGCUUUUUUAUAAGCUUGCAAAUUAAACAACUUUUCCUUUCAGACUAUCUUCCUGACAAAAACAAUUAGAAAAAAAAUCACAGAUUUGUUUCCUGUUUAUUUUUGUUUCUCCGUAAAAAAGUCUCACUAAGAAAUUUAGCACAACCCACAGUGCCACAGGACUGCCAGAUGCAAAUUAACACCUCAUUAAGUACUCAUAGGUAAGUUCUUAUGUCCUGAUAUUGUGGGGGUGAGUGAGAGUGGUGAGGAGGAAUCCCAAUACUUCUUGAUAGUAAAACAAUAGUAAAAAAAAUAGGGUGACUUAUUUUCUAAGGAGUUUCUCCAGAAAAGGAAUGGCUACUACGUAUAUAUAUUUAUAUUAAAACAUUAUUAAUGUUACAUGUGUAAAUUGGUGUAUUGCUGUAUCUUUCUGAAAGAAUGGCAGAGUUCACAGCAAGUUUUAGGAAUCCAUCUUCCUUACAAUAUCUCAAUACUUACAUGAAUGUUCUGUUUUUAGGGCAGUGGACUUUUAUCACUCAAAAUUCCAGUCAAGUGGAAGCACUGUCUGAAAGUAAGGAGGUUCUUGCUGCCACCUUUGUCCCCAGCACACUUGAGUCCUUCUCUUCUUUCCUUUCUGGAGAGUUCUGCUUCAUCAGCUGCAGUGAAUGUACGAUGGCAGCAAGCUGGAUGCACAGACAGCAGCCUGGUUGUGGCUUACUCCGAGUUUGUUGUGGCCAGCUAGAGCCGGUUGCCCUGAGCCCUAUAUUGAAAUAUUUGAGCAACCCAGGCAAAGGGGCAUGCGUUUCAGAUACAAAUGUGAGGGAAGAUCAGCAGGCAGCAUUCCAGGAGAACACAGUACUGAAAACAAUAAGACCUUCCCUUCCAUCCAGAUUCUGAACUAUUUUGGAAAAAUCAAAAUAAGAACUACGUUGGUAACGAAGAAUGAGCCCUACAAGCCACACCCCCACGACCUGGUUGGGAAAGACUGCAGAGAUGGCUACUACGAAGCUGAGUUCGGGCCAGAACGGCGAGUCCUGUCUUUUCAGAACCUGGGCAUUCAGUGUGUGAAGAAGAAAGACCUGAAGGAAUCCAUUUCUUUACGAAUCUCAAAGAAAAUUAACCCUUUCAAUGUGCCCGAGGAGCAGCUGCACAACAUCGACGAGUACGACCUCAACGUGGUGCGGCUCUGCUUCCAAGCCUUCCUUCCCGACGAGCACGGCAACUACACCAUCGCCCUGCCUCCUCUGAUUUCCAACCCCAUCUAUGACAACAGAGCUCCCAACACUGCAGAACUGAGAAUCUGUCGUGUGAACAAGAACUGUGGGAGCGUCAAAGGAGGAGACGAAAUAUUUCUGCUGUGUGACAAAGUUCAGAAAGAUGACAUAGAAGUCAGGUUUGUCCUGGACAACUGGGAGGCCAAGGGCUCCUUCUCCCAGGCCGACGUGCACCGCCAGGUCGCCAUCGUGUUCCGGACGCCGCCGUUCCUCAGGGACAUCUCCGAGCCCGUCACCGUGAAGAUGCAGCUCAGGAGGCCCUCGGACCAGGAAGUCAGUGAACCCAUGGAUUUCAGAUACCUGCCAGAUGAAAAGGAUCCAUAUGGCAACAAAGCAAAAAGGCAAAGAUCAACGCUGGCUUGGCAGAAGCUCAUACAGGACUGUGGAUCAAGCACGAUGGAGAGGCCCAAAGUAGCCCCAUUCCCUGUUGUCACUCCUGAAGGGAAGGCGAUUAAGAAAGAACCGAACAUGUUUCCAGCCACGCCGAUGGUGCCAGCGGGGCUGGGAGCGCUGUCCCCCGCGGGCCAGCUGUACCCCAGCUGCUCGCAGGCGGCGGCGGCGGGGCCGGGCAAGCAGGACGUGCUGUCCUCUUCGUUCUGGAUGCUCGGCUCCCACCCGCACCACAGCUUCUCCUCGGAGCCCCAGGGCAGCGGCUCCCUGCCGGCCUUCCCCGACGGCGCCCUGGCCUGGCCCGACGAGAAGGACUCGGGGCUCCUGCGGACCUUCGGCAGCGCCAACGGGCUGGGCGCCGUGGUGCUGCCGGCCCCCGAGCUGCAGAGCCUCCCCGGCGGCGUGCUGGGCAUGGACACGGAGGACAUGGGCUGCGGCAGCAUCAGCCUGGAGCGCUUCGGCGCCGCGCUGGGGCCCCGGCAGCCGCCGCUGCCGCUGCCCCCGGCCGGGCCCGGCGCCGCCGCUUUCCCCUCGCAGCCCGGCCUGGCCGAGCCCAGCUACGGCUUCAUGGACGCGGAGGGGCUGGGCGAGCCCCGGGGGCCCGCCGGGCACCAGGGCCUGCCGGACGGGCAGUUCUACGACGCCGACGAGCUCUACCAGUCGUUCCCCUUCGAUAACAUUUUGCAGAGCUAUCAGCCGUGAGCCGGCUGCGUGGAGCUGCCCGGGUGCUGCUGCUGCGUGGACAGGAGUGAUUGACCCUUCUGGAGUCCCUGCUUUCUCUUUCAGAAUGUUGCCGUGCGAGUUCCGCCAUGUAACUUAUUUAUUGUUGCAGCCCACAGUGGUGCCCUUAGAGAGGGAGGUUUGGGGUUUCUGUACCUUAAAAGUACCUUGUAGUCGUAUUUUUUUUCCCUGUUGGAAGUGGGAACUGUUAACACUUAAAGCUUCCUUAGCUUUGGGGACUGUAAAAGCUGGCAUCUUCAGAAGGGUUAAAAUUUCAAAUACUUCACAGGGUUGGAGUUGUUCUGAAAUAGCCAUUUUUGCUAUAGAAAUUAAAUUUAAAUUUUGAUAGGACAGAAAUGAGGGAAAAAACCCCUGCAUGUGAGCACUCUAAUUCAGUCUCGUGUAAUGAAUGGCACCUGAGUUCUGCUCAGCAUACUUGAAAGGUUUAGGUUCUUAACCCCCUUUCUAUAAAUAUUCUUCUCCUACAAUGAGAACACGUAUUGAUUUUCCACAGUCAGCGCAUUCUGUUUGCUUUGAAGGCAAAUUUACUCGUAAAUUUUUUUUUAAUGACUAUGUCAUUGUUAGAUGUAUUUAAAAAGACCGGAAGGUUUGAGUUUUUAAAUAGUCCAGCUCUGUUGUAAAGGAAAUCACUGCACAAGAGAAGGAACAGAAAGUGAGGACUUGUCUGCACUUCACCCAGAAUGCACUGUUUCACAAGCCAUGCCCCUGUUGCUUUAGGAAUGAAGCUGUUACUGCUCUGCAAGAUGUGUGUGUGUGUAUGUAGCUGCCAUGUGAGUGAGAUUUGGAAAGGCAGGAAUCUCUGGAGCCAAAGUAUCUACUUACUCUUUCCUCAGGUAUCCUGGCAGUUUCCUGCUAUGCAAGAGACUGCUUCAAAGAAGGCUCAGAUCCUGCCUCCCCCUCCCAGGAGGGCAAAGCCUUGGUGCAGCCUCACCUCUAUUAACAACUUUUAAAGCCAUUUCAGUCUGUACUAAUUAAAACCACUCCUCUGUCCUCUGUAUCAGGAACCAGAACUUCUUCCCACCCACUUGAUUCCCAGUCUUCGCUCUUAGCCUGAGCAGGAGCUGUUCUGACACCUCCAGCUGGAGGUAACUGGCUGGGUAAGGCACUCUGGCCUUGGCUACUUUAUUAUACUGGUAUUUUUUUAAGAAGCAACACAGAGAAUUGUCUGUGUAUUUCUCAAGGGACACAGCUGCUCUUUAGGGCAGGUAAGGGUCCCCGUUGUCGCCUUUCGGUGACGUAAAACUGCACAAUGACAGCAACCACAAAAAAAGCAAUGAGGUCUAAAACCCUCCCCCCAGAUCAAAAAAGCCACUUGAGAUGUAGAGUUGUACGCAAGGAAAGGUGCUCCAGAACCCCUCUGUGGCUUACAGAAAGCAGGGAUGCCUUCCCUGCAGGAAUCCACAGCAGUGGGAGCAUGCUUGUGCUGCUGCUGGAAUUCCAUCAGUCAGGUGAACUUUGGAAACUGCUUCCCCUAACUCCAGGAACACAACAAACUCAAUUGAUUCUCCCUGUUUUAAAGCAGUUUUUCCUCACGUCUGCACCUCUCCUCCCCAUUCCUAAGCAAUACAAAGAGGAAAGAAAUCCAAAGAAAUACACAGAAAGCUUGAAUCGUGUUGUUUAUUCAGUUCUUUUUUUUUUUUUUGAAGUUCUCAGUUUUAAGUAUAUUAAAUGUAAACAUUUUACUCACUUCAUAGAAAGCUCUUUGUAGUACAAUUUGUUUUUACUGUAUAAUUAAAUAUUUUCAAAGUUCUGUUUUCCUUUGUAAACGAGUUGGUUUGGUAAUUAAAAAAAACUGGUUAUACCAA